CGCGCGUAUGCACCGUGCACCUACCGCAGGGCAGCUGGCAGCCUGGCACGCACCCAAUACGACCCGAAACAAAAUGUUCGUGCGGUCGUGCUCCCUUUCUUCUUGGUCGGCGGCGGGAGCAGCAGCAGUAGCCGCGCGCGCCCCCGCGAAUCCUCCUCCUCUCCCCUCCUCCCCGGCCACGCCGCCGCCCAAGCCCGGGUCCAGGUCCAUGGCCUCCUCCGGCGCCGGAGCCGGAGCCGGUCGCGUCCGCCUCGCGGUCGUCGGCGAUGUGCACGAUGAUUGGAUCCUUGAUGAAGAUACAAAGGCACUCCAUUUUCUUCAGCCAGAUCUGGUGCUUUUCACAGGUGAUUAUGGCAACGAGAAUGUUCAACUUGUCAAAAGCAUUUCAGAUCUUCAGUUUCCGAAGGCGGCAAUUCUUGGUAAUCAUGAUUGCUGGCGCACACAUCAAUUUUCAGAGAAGAAGGUAGAUCGUGUCCGUCUUCAGCUUGAAAGCCUUGGUCAGCAGCAUGUUGGAUAUCAAUGUUUGGAUUUUCCAACAAUAAAGCUGAGUGUUGUUGGUGGGCGACCAUUUUCUUGUGGGGGUGACAAGUUAUUUAGACCAAAGCUUCUGUCACAACGGUAUGGUGUCGAUGAUAUGGCAGGAAGUGCGAGGAAGAUAUACGAUGCUGCUACGGCUGCACCAGAGGAGCAUUCUGUGAUACUACUUGCACAUAAUGGACCAACAGGUCUAGGUUCAAGGAUCGAUGAUAUCUGCGGGCGGGAUUGGGUAGCUGGCGGUGGCGAUCAUGGCGAUCCAGAUCUGGAACAAGCGAUAUCCGACCUGCAAAGGGAGACCAGGGUUUCGAUCCCGCUGGUCGUGUUUGGGCACAUGCACAAGAGCCUAGCCUACGGGGUAGGACUCCGAAAGAUGAUCGCCUUCGGAGCCAACAACCAGACCAUAUAUCUGAACGGAGCGGUCGUGCCUAGGGUGAAGCCUGCAGAAGCAAUGAGCCCCUCCAUGAUCUCCACCGGCGAAAGAGAUGAGCUCCAAGAAUCGGGAUCCGUGGGGCCCACCUCACGUGCGUUCACCACUGUCGACCUCUUCGACGGCACCGUCGAGAAGAUCUCUGAGGUCUGGGUUCUGGUGAGCGGGGCCCAGGCUGAGCUCGAGGAGGAGACUGUCCUGUACAAGCGUCCUCGUGAGCAUAUGUGACGUCUAGGCUGGUAUGAAUAAUGCUGUAUGUAAGUGUGCUGUGGCGAUGCUGGAGCUGUUAAGGAGUGCGAGUUGCUGUGAAUGGACGAGAGUGCGUGACACUGGGAUUGGGGCAGUGAGGAAGUCAGUAUUCCCGGAGGCCUUCAACGAGAGAUACUUGGGCCUUCCUACAACAGUGGGUCGUAUUACUAGUGGCACGUUCGACCACACCUGUGAUACUGCUAGCUUGUGCUGGCCAGGAAAUUUUUCUGAAAUUGGCCAUUCAGGCAAUUCCGCUGUACCCUAUGAGUACGUCCCUGUUAACAAAAGAGGUUUGUAAGAGU